UUGUAACUAAAAUAAUCUAACCCCAAUUCAAUGAAAAUUAAUAAUCUUCAAUGCGAAUAAAGUGGACUUAAAUGUGAUACAAAUAUUUUUGAUCAAUGAAAAGAUGAUGAAAAGUGAAAAGUUGAAUGAAGCAGCAGCACCACCAGUGGCAGUGGAGAAAUGUAAACUUGUGGAGUGAAAUUUAAAAAAUACACCAUAUACUCGAAAGUAACUAAUGAAUGAAAUCAAUUGAGCUAUAAAAACGAAAGCGGUAACGGAUAAUUUUUUGGGAAAUGCAUGCGUAAAACAUCUGUGCUGAAGGGUCGUCGUUACUAAAGGAAUAGUGAGUGUAUAAGGUGCGUAACGGGAGAAAUGAUCACUGAUCGAUUGAUGGAUGUAUAGAGCACAACAACUUUCUUUCUUCUUUUUUUCUCUCUGUGUGAGAUGAGAUUUAAUUCGUGCUAAUUAAUUUCAAUAGUUUAAUACGGUCCCGUCGUUUUUUGCGUUCGUUAAACGGUUUCUUUUAAUUCGUAUCUGUGUUCUGUAUCUGGUUGCGUUUUAUUUUUUGUUCUCACGUGUGUGUGCGUAUUUGCAAUAACAAAAUUCGAACGAACAUAAAGUAUCGUCAUUAGUUGCCUGGUCUCUUGUCACCUGUCCACUGUCAUUGAUCGUCGGUUUGUUGUUGUUGCUGCUGGUUCUGCUGUAUUGUGAGCAGUUAUUCUCAGUCUUCGUCAGCAGUGUUUUUGUUUGUUAUCUGCUACUUGCCUUGCAGUAGUUAACAAACAAACGUCAUCGGCAAGAAUAACAAAUUUAUGUUCUCAUACAACAAUACACCCACCCCACAUAAAAAGGAAUAACCCCGUUUAAAGAGCACUACGUUACCAUACGAUCUUUAUUGAGGGGCUGUUAUUGUUGUGUUGUAUAUGUGUAUGUGUUAAUGAAUCUGCGCUGAUAGUGUUUGGUUUCAUCGAAAAGUUGUUUUUUUUUACGCUUUCUUGGCCCAUAAGCCUCUAACCACACGAUAUCUUCUUUGGAGCAAAACGACAGACAUUUGUAUGCCACUUUUAACUUUUGACAUUGUAUUCAACGUUUUGAUUAUUUCGCUAUACUUUUGUGUGGUGUAAAGUUUCGAACGGACGUAUUUGUAUGUUUCUAUAUAUUUGUGUUGUUCAUUCUUCUUAAGCGGCUUACAGCUGUUGCCACUGUGAUCAUAGCAAUAAUGCUUUGUAAAAGUGCGUUGGAGAUUUAAUUUCACGCAUUUAAUUGGAUUUUGGGAUUUCUCAUCAGGAAUUAAGAUUUUCAUUCAGUCGUACCCUAUUAUCGUAGAUUUGUUAGCUUGAAGAACAAAAGAGAAAAAAUGAUGUGAUGGCUAAAAUGGCUUCGGGGGAUCUUUCUUUAACAAGCACGAGCAGUCAAGAAGAAGAAAGCCCUGAAUAUGGUGAUUAUGAUCGGACAUUGCGACCGCCAUCUAAUUCCAGUGGCAGCACAACAGCAGGCAACAUGAACAACAACAGUGCCAAUAACAAUGGCAGCGGCAGUGGCAGCAAUUCGGGAUCUGGUAAUCCCAAAAAGUUUGACACCAUCAAAAUACAAUAUGAUUCUGCGUUGAUGGAACUUAAAACACUGCGGCAUCAACAUGCCGAUACAGUGCGACGUUGUGAUCAUUUAGAGAAUCAAUUGGCAUUCUAUCAGGAACAAUACAAUGCAGCUAUGAAUCAAAUAAAAAGCUCAGAACGCAAUAAAUUAACGGAUGUGGCUGCGGAAAAUGCCCGUUUGAAACAACAGAACUCUCUGCUCGAACGAAAGCUAAUACGUUUGGAAAAUGAGAGCAGCAAUACGCAAACGGAAAGAAAUGCCAAUGCGUAUUAUUGUGAUUACAAUGAGAGGGGAGUUUCGGGUGGUAGUGGAGGUGGGGGCGUUGUCAACAAAUGCGAUGGCACCUGCCCCGAAACGGAAAAACUAAGCGAGGAACUGAUACUUAGUAAGGAGAGAAAUAAUGAUCUUAUGAACGAAAAGGAAAAGUACAAGAAGAGUUUCAAUGCUGUUCUCAUGGACUUGGAGAAGGAGCGCAAGUUCUAUCGUGACUCCAGAGAUCAAUUCAACAUGCAGCGCGAACAAUUUCAAUUGCAACGCGAGGUAAUGGAGAAGGAAAAUCAAAAGCUGAAGAGUCUGCUUGCCAGCGAGACCGAUAAGAAUCUUAUGAUUAGCAUGCAGAAAAGCCGCAUUGAGGAGGAGCUAAAUCAGCUGCUCUCGGAGAAAGAUAAUGUGCUGCAAGAGCAUCAGAAAAUGUCGGACGACUUGGCAGCAGCCAAUAAGGAUUUGGAGCAAUAUAAAAAGGAUGAGAUUAUGUAUAAGAAUGAACUUAAGAUACUGCAGCAGAAGCGGGAUUUGUUGAAGUCUCGUGAAAGUACUUGGUCCAAAGAAUUCUCGGACAGCAAGGAUGACUUCAAGGAGAUUGAGAAGCUGCGCAAAAGUCUAGAGAAGGCGCAUGCCGAAGUAGAGCGCGCCGCCCAAGAUACGGAGGAGGCCAAACGUGUACGCGACUGGGCCAUAUCACAGCGAGAGAAGAUUGUACAGGAGCGGGACUCAGUGAAGACAUUAUGUGAUAAUCUGCGCAAGGAGAGGGAUAAGGCGAUUUCCGAUUUACUCUCGGCCAUUAGGGACAGUGAGAAAAUCAAGAAACAAAAGGAUGAAGCUCAGCGAAAAAUUGAUGUGCUCAAGGAACAAUUGGAGCAGAACCAGAACAAUGAUUCUUCGUCACGACGCAGUUUCCGCAUGAGCACCUACGAGGCCGAGGACAUUUUGGAAAUAGAACUGACCAACUAUCAUGCGGAUUGUGAAAUCGGCCUCAUAUUGGACGACAGCAAUCAAAGGCAUUUGGUGUGUGGGGUGACAAAUGUCUCUCCCGCCUUUGGAAAGCUGAAAAUCAAUGAUGUCAUUGUAAAAGUAAACAACUUGGACUGCCAAAACCUCACCAAGCGCAUGCUGAUCGAUGAAAUCCGGGGCUCUGCGCCCAGGUGUAACUUAUUGGUGUCGCGCACACGUCAAAGUAAGAGACACUUCUAUACGGUGCAUUUGAAUCUUCAACAAAAUCCUAACCAUGGCCUCCACCUGGACACAGGUGUUUUUAUUUCGAAAAUCGAACCAAAUUCAGUGGCUGCCUUCGAACCAGAGUUGGAAGCUGGCGAUCGUAUUCUGUCCAUAAACAAUAAAUCCAUGGAUGGCAUACAAUCGCUGGAGGAUGUGAUUGCCAUAUUGAAUGACGAUCGCAAUGAAUCCAUAGCAAUAUUUGCUCUAAAAAAUGUGCAAGACCCCGGAAUUUCGGACUCCCAACGACGCAUGACGACUUCGGCCGCACAAACAGACUCUAUAGACUCCAUGCAUCGGGUUACUGGCACCAAGCAUCCUUCGAAAAUAGCCGAAAUGCUUAGUAAGUUCAGGGAAAAAAUACACAUCUCCAAGCCGGGCUCAGAUGGAGGUGAUCAUUUUGCUCAAGAACACGAUGCCUUGGCGGCACUCGAUUCAGUAUUAAGUGAGAACUCAUCGGAAAAGAGUAAGGAAAAUCUCUUCAAGCGCAACAAAUCGAAGAAAAAAGAAAAGGAGGCUGCUGCCAAAAGUAUGGGCACAUGGCCAAGAACUAAUAUACUGCAAGCAUCACAGGACAAUCCGACUGGCACCAUAGUUCAGCGUGAGAAAAAACGCGCCCCACUUUCGCUAUUCACAGCAGGACCCAUCAAUGUGGACAAAGAGGAUGACCGUGUAGAUUCCGAUGAGGCUCCUCCCCCUCUGCCGCCAAUGCACAAUAAACCGCAGGCGCACAUUAGAAAUGGGCUAGGCUCUAAUGUUAAACACAAUCCUAACCGCAACUCCAAUCCCAUACCUAGUUCAGUGCUUUUUCAAAAUCCUAACACUUCCGGAAAUGGCAACAAUUAUGCCGUCAACAAUUAUAUGAGACAUUCAGUGUAUGCAACCCCAUCUAGCAUGGAACCAGAGCCGUUGGUUAUGGAACAAUCCAAACCACUGCAGAGACCAAAUCCCAUAAUGGGCGCCGCUCUGCCCAAUAUGCGGCCAAAACAGACGGAUAAAUAUGGCAAUCCCAGAUUACAAAACCACAACCAUCAAAAUCGUUACUCGCUGAAUAUAACGCCGACGGAACUGUACAAGACCACAGGACAACAGGCCCAGCAGCAGGUGAUCAAUAACGGGGUUCAACAGUUCUCCCAGCAACAGCAAAUGUCUAUGGGGGGAGCUGAUGUGAUAUCUCGCAAACAUCAUUUGUUCGAUAUGUUCCAUAAUAAUCCUAGUAUAGUAACGAACAACAAACAGUCGGGUACACCGCACCCAGGUUUGUUUAUUCCUCUGCAGCCUCCUCCGCACUCUACAAAUUUCAUUAGAUCUAAUUCAUCAAAUCAACAGCAACAACAAAACUCAUUGGAUAUGAUAUCACUAAAAUCUCAGAAUUCUAUAGAUUCGAUAUUGUCGACAAAAAGUCCACCUAUAAGUGAAUAUCCUGUGCUUGCCAACUACCCCAAAAGGGGUAUACCAAUGCCUCAAUCGGCGCCGGGUUCUGCAACGAAAAAUGUGUCCAAGUAUCCCAGUGACAGUGAGAGUAUUGCCUCUGGCAUAGCCGGCGGAGGAGCUGGGCUUUUCCACACCUCCACUAAUAAUGGGCCACAUUCGCGACACAUGCCGCUAUUUCCCUCCUUUACACAGUCCACGCAUUCGCCAAUGAGACCUAUACGUCACUCUAGUCCUUUAACCUUGCCCUCGCCGCCUCCAUUGCUUACACCGGGUGGUGGUUCCUCGGUGAAUUCGCAUCCUCAUCAUUUAGUGGACUCUUCGAUAGGUAUACCCACAUCGUCGGUGGAUAAGUUCGAACUGGACUAUAUGCAGCAGCAACACCAGCAACAGCAACAUCAUCAACAAGCUCAUCCUCAUUACCUAAAUGACUACCCGCCAAAUAUCCCCUCACAUCCAGGCUACCACCAUCCCUCACCUGUUAGUGGCGGCGGCGGUGGGGGUUUGCCGGGUUCCGGUGGGCAGGGUGUCAUCUAUGAGGGUGGCACUUUUCCUCGCAAGAAAGAUCAUCAACGUUUGCGUAUACCCUCGAAUCCAAGCGUAGCUAGUAAAAACAGUGGUGUCAAAAAUAGUUCCGGCUCCAUUGACCAUCACUAUACAUCCGCCAACACGCCCACUUCGCUGAUGACCUCCUCAAUGUCACCCUAUGGCGGCGGCAGUGGUGUUGUCAAUCAUCAUCAUCAUCACACGGCCCUAACCAAUGUCGCCGCGAAUGGCGGCAACAGUGGCCGUGGUUCGCCCAUGCCUCAGGUUCACGUCGAAGUUCUGUCACACGGCGGCAGCAAGCGCAACUCGAAUGUGCCGUCGGAUUUUUUAUGCCCUGGAGAUCUUAGAAGAGUCACGAUUGAAAAGAGCGACAAAUCGCUCGGUAUUACAAUUCAAUGUAAUAACAAUGGAGGUGGUAUUUUUGUAUCAACUGUAGCCGACAAAAGUAUUGCCACUCGUGCUGGUCUUCAGGUGGGCGAUCAACUCUUAGAGGUAUGCGGAUUGAAUAUGCGCUCGGCUACAAAUGACAUAGCAGCUAAUGUGUUGCGUCAAUGUGGUAAUUCCAUAACCAUGUUGGUCCAAUACAAUCCAGAAAAAUUUCACUCAGCUGAAUAUGAAGGCACUCACAAUUUAGAACCUGAAUCUCCGGUAAAUCAUUCGGGCUCACCCACUCCACGCAACUCCCCCAGACCACCGCUGCGUCCCAUGAUGGCUUCACUACCCCCCAUGCCCAUUGUUACAAACCCUAAUGUAAUGACACAAAGUGCAAUAAUGCCCCAAUCUUCGUCGCUUAUAUCUCAAAAUUCAAUAAAAGAUCAAAGCUUUGCCGAUAGUUUGGAAAAUCAAUCGGACAUAAGUUCAAGUCAAGAUAUACCCUCAUCAAAUGCCACCACAACAACGACAGCUUCAACAACCUCAACACUGCCGUAUGAGGAAGAGCCCCGUUAUGUAACACUGCACAUGGAUAAAUCAAAGAAUCCCGGCAUAAAACUCUUUGGCGGCAAUAAAGUUGGAAUUUUCGUGCAUGAUGUGCAUGCAGGUUCACCCUCGGAUCAUGCUGGCGUACGUAAGGGAGAUCAAAUUCUCGAGUAUAAUGGUGUGGAUCUCAGAUGUGUGACUGCCGAGCAGGCUGCCAAUGAGAUCUCGAAACUGACAGAUACUGUAACAAUGUUGGUGCAAAACAAAUUGAAAAAAUUGAAACAAAUUAAAGAUAAAUCGGGUGAUUCGUUCUACAUACGUGUUGGCUUUGAUAGGACUGGUGACUUGAAUGAGGGAGAUUUGCGUUUUGUUAAAGACGAAGUUCUGUAUGUGGACAAUACGGUGUUCAAUGGAACCUUUGGCUUAUGGCGUGCUUGGAAAUUGGACUCGAAAGGCUAUCGUAAGGAAUGUGGAAUAAUACCAUCUCAGAUGAAAGUUGAGGAAGAAAUUCGCACUGCCGAAGUUGUGGAGUGUGAGGGUGGCAGCACAGCUCGUCGUGGUAGUACAUCAACACGUCGCUCGUUUUUUCGUCGAAAAAAACAUCAGCGUAGUUCCUCCAGAGAUUCCACGGAAAUCGCUAGUUUCAGUAAUACCCAAUUGAGUUACUUUCCUGAUUCAGGCAUCCUCAAUGAUGAUGGUGGCAUUUUGAGCUAUCAACGUGUUGAACGUUUGGAUUCUCCCGUGCGACGUCCGGUUUUAAUCAUAGGCCCUCUAUCUGAAUGUGUUAUGGAACGCCUUACAAUUGAUUUUUCAAACCUUUUUAAGUUUUGCGAUGUUACCGUCAUGGAUUGCUCUCAGGAGGCCAUGGAGGAGGGCUUGCAACAAAAUAUAUUCGUUGAUUAUCGACGACGUGGCAAUAAAUUCGAAUGCACCACCAUUGAAACCAUUAAUAACGCUUGCAAAAAUGAUCGUCGGCAUUGUAUACUUGAUAUAUCAAUAUCAGCAGUAGAACGCUUACAACGUUUACAAAUCUAUCCGAUUGUUUUACUAUUACGUUUUAAGUCUGCCAAACAGAUUCGUGAGAUACGUGAUUUUGGAACUGAUAAAAUUUCAGCCAAGGCAGCAAAGGAGAUGUAUGAACGGGCACUUAAGCUUGAAAGUGAUUAUAAACAAUAUAUCUCUGCCGUUAUACCUGGUGUUAGCAUUAAACACAUGUGUACUCAAAUCAAGGAUGCCGUUGACAAGGAACAAGAUAAAAUCUUGUGGGUGCCCGUUUCCAAUAAUUAGGCCUAUUUGAGAGAACUUGGAUCUGGUGGUCGUGGAAAUUUCAAAUCUUUUUGUUGUUUGUUUCUAUUUCAAAUCACAAACACACUGACGCACAUAAAAUUUUGUAUUGUAAUUUAUAGGAUAAUUGAAAAAAAAAAAAGAUUUUUCUUUCUUUUGGUUUUAAUUCUUAACCAAGUGCACACAUACACGCAAUCAAUUUUAAGUAUUUUUCUUCAGUAAGAAAACUUUAAAAAGUUUCAAUGUAUUUAUGUUUUUGUAUUGUCCGAAUUAUGUUGUUUUUUUUUUUUGUUUCUUUCUUCUAAACUAACAUAAAGUAUUCUUUUUUUGUGUUUUUAGUUGUAUUAUAUUUUAAUUGCUACUAUUAUAUGCCGUAAUGUAAUGUAAUGUCUCUUUAUUUUUUUCAAACUAAGCGCUUUAACUGAAAAGUAUUUUCAUUUAAAAGUAAUUAUUAUUAUUAAAAAAAAACUAUUUUUGUUUGUUCUUUAAGUUGAUUGUUCUUUUUUUUGUGUAAUUUAAUGUUUUUAUUUUUUUUUGUCAAAAAUUUGCUUAUAUUUCAGUUGUGUUUUCUGUUGCUUAGCGAAUUCCUCGUGUUACUUGUUUAAAAUCCAAUAUUUGCCUUAAACUCUGAUGAUGACUUAUGUAAACAAAGUGCCUUCUUUUAUAUAUGAAAAAAAAAAACAAUUUUUAUUAUAUACAACAGGAAACCAUCAUGCAUAUAUUGAUGUGUACAUGCCUACUCCUCACAUAUUUACCCAUUUCAAUAUACCUACAUAUAUGCCCAUGAUUAUAUUAAAACAAUUCAAAAUUGUUAAAACAUACAUAUAUGGAAUUUUUGUCACUAGAUAAUGUUUUUUUUUUACGUAAAUAUUUAUAUACAUUUGUAUUUGUUUAUUAUAUUUUCUUCUAAAGUUUAUAUAUAUAUAUAUAAAUUAUCAUUUUUAUUUCGGGUACAGGGUUUUAUUUUAAACAAUUUACAACAAAUUACUGGAACGACGAGGACAAAUAAUUGAAAAUUGUGUGUUUUUUUCUUUUUUAAUUAUAUAGAGACAUACACAAUGAAAUAAACUAAUAUUUAUAUUAUUAUUAUUCUAUAUACAUACAA